AUGCAGGUGGACCUGAUCUCUGGAGCAGCAAUACUGUUGAUUGUCUUUCUGUUCACACUCUGGGCCUUCCAGUUUCAGCAAAGAAGAGGCAGAUUCCCUUCAGGCCCCAGGCCCUGGCUCUUUCUGGGGAAUCUACUGCAAAAAGAUAUUUUCCCUCUGUAUAAAACCUACUCAAAGCUCAGUAAGAAGUAUGGUCCAGUUUUUUCUAUCUGGUUAGGAACAAAGCCAAUGAUUGUAAUUUGUGGAUAUGAGGCAGUGAAAGAUGCCUUAGUAACUCAUAGUAAAGAAUUUGGUGGACGACCUCCAGUACCUAACCUUGAUCAAGUAACCAAGGGCUAUGGUCUUAUUAGUGAACAUGCAAAAUGGAAGAUUUUACGUCACUUUACUCUCAUCACACUACGGAACUUUGGAAUGGGAAAGAGAUCAAUGUGUGAGCGGAUAUCAGAAGUGGCCCACUGUUUGGUGGAGAAGAUAGCAACCUUUGAAGGUCAACAGUUUGAUAUAGUCCUACCUAUCAGAGCUGCUUCUUCUAAUGUUUUAUGCUUUGUUGUCUUUGGGAAUCAACUGACUUAUGAAGGCAAAACCUUCUCUGAACUAUUGGCAAUCUUGGAGGCAUUUUCAGAAUUGUUUCUGACUGUUCCUGGACUGGGCACAACUGUUCUUCCAUUAGGCAUUUCAGUACACUUUGAUCCUCUCUUCUGGGAAGAUCCUGAACAGUUUGACCCAGCUCAUUUCUUGGACAAGAAGGGUAAAUUCCAAAAGAAGGAUGCCUGCUUGCCUUUCUCUGCAGGUAACUGAGG